AUGUCGCGAUCAUCGAAUCCGAUCCCGGCCACUCCAAGGGUUAUCUCCCCUUCUCCUACACCAUCCGAAGCCCGAGAGACGUCGCAAGACAGUUAUUUUGGACCCGUUACAAGAUCUGCAAGGAAGAAAUCGGAAGCGCAAGCACGUAUAGAAGAAGAUCUAGACGAAGAUGAAGAUAAAAGCGACGACCUGCGAAGGGCACGAUCCAAAAGCCGGAGCCCGAUGAGAGCUCGAAAGGUAGUUGGCCUUACACCAGCAAAGUCAAAGAAAGCUUCAAGUGCGGUUCAAAAGUCAACGCCAUUAGUAGCGAAUGGAGCGGGAGCUGGACCAGAGCCCAACGGCCACCUUUCGCCUUCAAGUGCGAACGCGGGCUGGAGUUGGAGAGAUUUUAGUCGAAGUCCAAGCCCUUUAGGACUGAUUCCCAUACACAGACAGUGGAGGUCAUUCGUGCAUCGCCACGAGGUCCCACGAAAAGUGUUGCACGUCUCAAUCGGAUUUUUUGUCAUUUGGGCGUACAUACAUGGACUGCAAACUUCCGACAUCACUCCAUGGCUGAUGGGAGCCCUGGUGCCGAUUGCCUCCGUCGACUACGUACGUCACAACUAUCCUCCUUUUAAUAGAUUUUAUGUCCGAGUGAUGGGCGCCCUUAUGCGGGAAACCGAAUAUGAAGGGUGGAACGGUGUCAUCUGGUAUCUGCUUGGAGCCUGGAUCGUACUUGGUUUUUUUCCGAAGGACAUCGGAGUGAUGGGUGUACUCCUUCUCAGCUGGUGUGAUACAGCCGCAAGCACUGUCGGAAGAGCAUAUGGCCGUUACACACCUCGCAUCAGACGCGGCAAAUCUCUUGCCGGGUCACUGGCGGCUUUUGUUGUUGGUGUGUUUACCGCGGUGGGAUUCUGGGGAUACUUGGCCUCUCGACACGGUAGCUUUCCAGAAGAUAUCAACUGGCCGUUUAUGUUUACGGGUACCUUGUCCCUUCCUGGUGCUAUUCGAGAUGUGAUCGGAUUGACCGGAGCUCAAACGACCAUCGGGGGAGGAUUAGCUUUGGCAGUAAUGAGUUUAUGGACGGGGUUUGUGGCAUCCGCCAGCGAGGUUGUGGAUGUCUUUGGCUGGGAUGAUAAUCUCACGAUUCCGGCACUUAGCGGACUUGGUAUGUGGGGAUUUCUUAAGGCUUUCGGGUAG